AUGUCAUACUCGGAUUGGGACUCAAUCUCGUCUAGAGACGGCGAGAGACAUCUGAAACACCAGCAUUCUGCGUCGUCGGACCAAAGCCAAAACUUCAAAGCCCUUAUUCCCAUGUGGGACAGCUCAGAUCCCGAACGAGCUCCCCCGCCCCUGCCGCUGAAUCCAAACCCUCAAUCGCCCGUCUUGGCCUCGCGUAUCGGCACGUCCAGCGCCAUUCAGUCUGCACAUGCUGCUUUGAAUGAACGGGCGCGGGAGAACAGUGCCCUCGUCAAGCGUGGAGGGGAAUCGCCAGAGAGAGCUCUGGUCAAGGGUGGCUCGCACCGCCGCUUACAGUCCUUGCAGCCCGGCUCUGUCCGAGAUCUCAGUUUGCUGAUUGAGGGCAACUGGGCAAAACCCGACCUCAGACCGAGCACGCCUACCACGCCACGAGAAUUGCCCCCGGAACCGAGACGUGAAGAGAGACACUCGGCCAGCUCGACCCCCGUCCCGGGACCCAGCUUGACCCCAAUCCUGAGGCCGACGGCUCGACGACCUCCCCAGAGUAUUCUGGGCGAAAACACCCCACCUCAAAGUUCGACCAUGCUUGCCUUGCAGGCCAUGGGUGCCAAAACCUUGUCCAGAGAGGCCGAGCCUCCCCUAGCAAACGUGACCAAUGGUUCAACGCCGAGGCAAUCAUCCAUCACCUCGGGCGACGUGGCCGCGCAGCUCAUCACUCUUACCAAUAUUGCGACUUCUCUUCAAAAGGAGAUGGCCGCGUUGACGCGAAGAAGCCGUGACAACGCUACCGAUCUGCUCAGCCUAAAAGAGGCAACCAAGACGAGAGACGAAGACGUUCGAAGGAGCUUGAGAGAGCUUGUCGGCAAUAUCCAUGAAACAUCAAGCAAAAUGGCUUCCUUCAAUGGACCUUGUCUCGAUACCAAGCCCUUUGGCUCCCCACCGACCAAUUCAAGGCCCUUUCAACUUCCUCGAUUGCCAUCCCCCAAGAGCUUCGCCGAAUCCAUUGAUCGUGGCUCUAUCAGCACUCCGUCGCUAUCCGGAGUCGAUACCUCUGCUUCACUAAUGCUUCUGGAGAAGAUCUGGAACGCGCUCGGUACAAAGGAUGGACAUGAAUCAUUGGUGGGCUUGCUUACUGAGCUAUCUCAAAAGCUCUCCGGCCUGGCCACCUCCAGCAAGAUUGAAGAAUUGGCAGAUUAUGUUCGCUCACUGUCGGAAAAUGCCGUCAUUGUCGGCAAGUCAAGCCGAGGGGAAAGCUUGAGCGACGAAAAUAUGGAGUUGCAGAGACCAACAAGUGGGCCAAUGUCUCAGCGUGUCGACCAACUGGUUUACGAUGCUGCCAACGCGAGAUCAUCUGCGCAUCCUGCUCGCGGCGUUGACUUGGUGAGCGAAGAUCUCUUGAAGAUCAUCAGGUCCGUCAAGGAUAGCGUUUCCCAGAGCGGUGGUUUGACGGCCGAGGUUAAAGCUCUGGUGCGCGAGUUGAGAGGUGAAGUGCUCGGCAUGGGGCGGGAGUUGGGAAAGAGGCUGGAGAGAAUGGGUGUCAAGGGAAUCGAGGAGGCUGAAUCUCCAAGCAAGGAUGAAGUCUCGAGGGUGAUUGAUGAAGGUCUCGAGCAAAUGAAGGAGCAGCUCAACAACGUCUUGCGAGAACAUCGACGUCAGUCAGCACAAUCACAGUCUUCUCAGAAAACCGUCAUUGACUACCAAGAGAUUUACAAGGCUAUGCGCGCCGCAUUGCGCGACAACCAGGCUUCCAGCCCUGAAGCACAGGAGUUGAGCAGAGACGACGUCAUCGAAGCGGUCAGAGAUGCUUGGGAGAACUAUAAGCCCGAGAUUGAGGUACAGCAAUUGGGACUCGAGCGGGAAGAGGUACUGGCUUGCCUCAAGGAAGGCCUUCAAGAAUAUGCCCCUCGUGACGAGCGGCCAGAGGCAGCCACGAGGGAAGAGGUCUUUAAGGCUGUUGUUGAAGGGCUGAAGCAUUUCGUGCCGCCCCAGGUGGACACACCGGCUUCUUUGUCGCGAGACGAAAUCAUUGACGCAGUUCGUGACUGUCUUGAAGAAUUUGAGUUCCCCGUCGCCGCCUCGGCCAUGGGCAACGACUUGUCACGCAAUGAUGUCGUCGAGGCAGUUCGUGAAGGCCUCAAUGGGCUAGACCUGCCUCGAGCGGACGCUCUUGUGGCCGUUCCCAACAAUGACGAAAUCGUUGCGCGCCUACAGGACAUUAUGGAAUACAUGAAGCUGGAAUUCAGGGCAGUCUCUGAGGAGGCCAAGGAGAAUGUCGCUGCCAAUGGACGAGAUACUGAACAAGUCUUGGACGCCACAAAAGACGGUCUGGAAAACUUGCGAAUUGCUAUCGAGGGCUACGUUGAACGAGUCUCGGGCACGACAGACCAGGAGGAAUUCAUGCAACACCUCCUCCGAACAAUGGACGAAUUCAAGGAGGAGGUUUCGAGGGCUGUAACGCAGGCCAGCGAUACUUCUCGUGAACAGCUUCAGACCGAGCUCGAGGGUCUACGCGAGGUUGUAAAUUCCUCCAUGAUCCCUGCCGCCCAUCAACCUGCACCAGGAGCCAACAACCAAGAAGUCCUCGAGGCGCUUCAUAAUGGAUUGACGAGCCUCAGACAAGAGAUCUUGCGGCCACGACCCGAGACUAGCGAGAUUCUUGAUGCCAUACAAGAUGGGCUCAAUGAUCUUCGUGCCGGAAUCGACAGAGUGACCAACAAGCCUGCCGACCUGACCGCCAACGAUGAGAUUCUGGAUGCACUAAAGGCUGGCCUGGAGUCGGUUAGGUCAGACAUUGAAACCAUUCGUGACAGCAGCAACGACAGAGCAGUUGCUGUGACAACCGUUACAGAGGACGACGACGAUCGUGCCAUGAUCCCUGCUGACUCGGUGAAACAGGACGAUAUUAGAAAUCUUGAAAUCCUCAUCACUCAACUGCGAAUCAAGGUGGAAGCCAUGCAGCCCGAGACUGAGAGCAUCCACCGUGAAGACUUGAUUCGCAUGGAGGAAAUCCUUCGAAAUGUGGAAAAGGGCGUCGAAGAAGUCCGGGCUCGUGAGCCGCCUGCUGCUUCAACUUCUCCGCCGACUGAAAAAGAAGAAGCAAAGGAUGGCUCUGAUGGCACGGCCAAUGGUGAUUCCGCUACCAAAGACGAUGUGCAGGCUAUUGAGACCAUUCUGCGCAAUACGAAGGCAAGCUUGGAUGACCUGAUGGAAGGCGAGCAGGCCGUUCGCAAAGAGCACAUUGAUGUGGUGGAGGCUCUUAUCCUCGAGACUCGAGAGGCAGUAACUUCGAUGGCUGAUCAGCUCACUGCUUUAUCUCAGAAAGAGGACCUCUCUGCUCUGGAGACGUUGGUUGCACAACUCAGCCUGACCAUGGAGGAAAUCAAGGAAAAGAGUGAGAAGGCGGCGUCUUCUGAGGAAGGCGUGGCCACCAAGGCUGGUGUCGAAGCUAUCGAAGCCGUCGUCCUAGAAAUCAAAACAGCCCUGGACUGUUUGUCGGGUACGGACUUUGCCGCCAUCUCUAGCAAACAAGACGUUUCCGACUUGGAGAUUAUUAUCAAGGAAGCCAAGGAGAAAAUCGAAAGCCUCACGGAAUCAACUGCCAAGGCUCUGGACGAUCGUCAAGCUGAGAUCGUCGGUGUUGCCGAUCGUGUAACAGAGAUCAAGACUUUCCUUGAAGAGUUCCAAGACGCCAUCAGGGGUAAAUUAGAGGACGGAUCGUCAGGAAUUGAUGCUCUCGGCAAACUCUUGGAGGGCAUGAGCGAAAAGAUGGCCAAGAACGAAAACGUUGGCGAGGAUCUCAAGGAAAUGUUCGAAACGAUGAAGUCUCAGUUUGAGGAAAACAAAGAAGUUGUCGCUGGCGCUCGGUUGGAAUCGAAUGAGAAGCUGCAGGAAGCGGCUGACAGUAUCGGCAGCAAAAUUGACGACAAGAUCACGGAGCUGAUUGCCAAGUAUGACGACUUCAAAGCCGCCAUGGAUGAGAAGGCUGACGCGAGCGAAGCCCGAGGGCUUGAGACCGAGGCUGCAGUCGUCAGCACCAAAGCGGUUGCCGAGGAUCUCAAGCUGUUGAUUGACACUCUGGGCUCGACUGUCACCGAUUCACUGGAAAAGAUGGAGGAGGCAUCGCAGACUGUCUUCUCCAAAGUGGAGGAUCUUGCUUCGCGUACGGAAGAGAAUCAUGCAGAGGAAAAGACGGAGCACCAGCAAACACGCGAGAACAUUCAGCAGGCAGUCGCCACCUUGGAGGGCCUGCAGGGCGAGGUGAAGGAAUUUCAACCCCAGAUUCUGGAGGCAGUCAGGGAUAUUCUUUUGCUCGUAGGCGAGCAUUUUGAGCACUCGAGGUCUACCAGCACCGAUAUCCGCGACAGGAUUACUGACAUGAAGCCAUUCGACCCGGCCAUGCUUCCUGUUCCCGAAAAGUAUGACGACUCGGAUGUGCAAGAGAAGCUGAGUCAGUUGGUGGAACAGAAGUACGACGAUGCCGAGGUCAGAGAAAAGCUCAACAUGCUCGUCGAGCAGCGGUACGACGACAGCGCUGUUCGGGAGAGGCUCGACAUGCUGGUUGAGCAGCGGUACGACGACAGCUCUGUUCAGGAGAAGCUCGACAUGCUGGUCGAGCAGCGGUACGACGACAGCACCGUUCAGGAGAAGCUCGACAUGCUGGUUGAGCAGCGAUACGAUGAUAGCAACGUUCAGGAUAAGCUCGACAUGCUGGUUGAGCAGCAGUACGACGACAGCUCUGUUCAGGAGAAGCUCGACAUACUGGUUGAGCAGCGGUACGACGACAGCUCUGUUCAGGAGAAGCUCGAUAAGCUUGUGGACCACUCUGCUACAUCCGCUCAAGCCUUGUCACAACUUGAGACAUUGGACAAAGUGCACCAAUCUGUCGUGAACACGGCCGCGGAGAUUUCGCAAUUUCUCUCUUCCCAGAGGCAACGAAUUGAAGACGAUCACGAAGAUCGAGAGAAGAUGCUUCAUGAUACAAUACUUGAGUUGGAACGGAAGAUUGCUGAACGCGACCUCGUGGAAGCAUCCUUACUCAGCUUGAAGGAUGAAGAAGAGAGGAUGAGAGCCAGCGUUUUGAGCUUGCGACUGGAGCAAGAAAGCCUAAUUAGGCAAAAGACUCGCCUCGCUGGUGAUGUGGGCUCGCUCGAAACCGCUCUUCGCCUCCGAAAGGAAGAGCUGUCGGAUAUGGAGCACCGCGCCGAGAGGCUGGAGCGUCGAAUUGUAGAAGGCGUUGUGGACCACUCUCGCCUGCUCUUGAUGGUCAAGGGCACCAAGGGGCGCGACAACAUGAGCCGGAAGCGAGUCAAGAAGCCGGCUGCGCAAGACGAACAGUCCGCCAACACCAAGUCGAGCCGUCCAGCAGUCAACAUGGCUCUGGCAACGAAGAGACACUUGGCUGCACCGACUCAGAAUGGGACCGGGAGACGAAUUGCUUCACUAAGCCAGAUGAACAGCAGCAAUUCACCGUCUUCCCUCGUCAAGCGGAGCCAAAGCGUCAGAACAGCGGCCGGUCACGGUCUCCGCAAGCGCAGCUGGGGAGGGGAUCAUGCUGAAGGAUUUGGGGAUGAAGAUAAGGAGAAUUUGGGCGCGCGGGAGACGGUGGAGGAGCUGGAGGAACCCGAGAGCGUGACUCUUUCUCCACCGGCGAGCAGCAGCAUGAGCCAUAUUGACGAGGACAACUCGAUAGUCGACUCGACAGCGGAUGAUGAUGGCGAGGCCAGCGAUGCGGAAACGUUGCGGCGUAGCAGCGCCGGAACGACGGUUCUGUCAAGCCAGUACACGGAAUCCGAGGCUGGGUAUAGCGAGUACGACGAGACGAGCAGUGAGUGGACCGAGAGCGUCGUUGAGACGGAUGCUGGAGUAGAGACGGGCAUGGUCGUAUAUGGAAGCGGAGAGGUGUAG